ACGUCCUCAAAACUAAAAAAACAUUUUGUUUGUAAACUUUCGUUUGAAUACUUAUGUACUAUUUUGAUUUGAUUACCUACGUGAUUGUGAAUGGAAAACUUGUGACACGUUGUGAUUUUAAAUUAUUAUAGAUGCAGCAUCCAUAAUAGAUUUUAUUUUGUCCGAAGAUGGAAACAACACCAUUGUUGGCGAGACCUAAAAAAUCAUUAUGGUCAAGAUUAAAAUUUUCAAGAUUUCGUAAGAAGGAUUUAAGUUCCAGAGUUAUUUAUGUAGGACAAUUGCCUGAUGAGGAAUUUCCUCCUAAUUAUGUUUGCAAUCAAAAAUACAACAUCAUCACAUUCCUGCCACUGGUGCUGUUUGAACAGUUCAGAUUCUUCUUGAACAUGUACUUUUUAGUGAUGGCAUGUAGUCAAUUCAUACCCAGCAUCCGCAUUGGAUAUUUGUACACAUAUUGGGGGCCUUUAUGUUUUGUACUUGCUGUCACACUCUUUAGAGAAGCUGUAGAUGAUAUUAGAAGAUAUAGGCGUGACAGAGAAGUGAACCGGCAACGCUACGACCGGAUUGUACUAGACUCGGCCGUUGACGGGUACCGUCCUUUCGUUAUGGAACACGUACCAGCCUCCGCCCUUAGGGUUGGAGAUAUUGUCAUCCUGCACAAGGGACAGAGGGUGCCCGCAGACAUGAUAUUAUUGAGAACAAAUGAAACUAUGGGCACCGUGUUCAUAAGAACGGACCAGUUGGAUGGAGAGAUUGAUUGGAAGUUGAGAAUUCCACUGCCCUCAACACAAAAACUUCCAACCGACGCGCAUUUGCUCGAUAUAAACGCCCAGAUCUUCAUAGAAAAGCCAGAGAAAGACAUACAUUCGUUUAUUGGCACUUGCACGCGACUAGACGAAGAGGAAAACGACUCGCUUGACAUAGAAAAUACGCUAUGGAGCGGUUGCGUGGUUGCGUCUGGGCAGGCGACCGGAUUGGUCAUAUAUACAGGUAGCGAGACGCGGAGCGUUAUGAACAAUGCCACACCGCGCUCCAAGAUCGGCCGGCUGGACUUACAAGUGAACAACCUGACGAAGGUGCUAUUUGUGGCUACCAUAUUCACCUCCUUCCUGCUGAUAGUGCUGAAGGGCUUCAACGGACCCUGGUACGGGUUCCUCUUCAGAUUUAUACUGCUCUUCUCUUAUAUUAUACCGAUCAGUCUAAGAGUGAACCUGGAAAUGGGUAAAGCAUUUUACUCAUGGACGAUCCAAAGGGAUAAAAAAAUCGAAGGCACCGUGAUGAGGUCGACGACCAUACCGGAGGAGCUGGGUCGGAUCCAAUACUUACUCGCUGACAAGACGGGCACGUUGACAAAAAACGAAAUGGUCUUCCAGAAAUUGCAUUUAGGGAAUGCUUUGUUUGACAGAAAUCAUUUCCAUGAGGUAGAGUCGCUACUGACGCAGUACGUAACCAAAGACUCAUCAUUUCUACCGAUGUCACCAUCGUCACCGCAAGGGUCAGAGUUCCCGGACGGGCCAACGUCCCCAGAAGGGCCAUCAUUCCCGGACGGGUCACAGACCCCGAGCGGGCCAGCGUCCCCGCGGCAGGUGUGGCAGGCCGUACUCGCCAUAGCGCUCUGUCACAAUGUUACACCCGUCUACGACAUCGGGGACCAACAGGCCGAUGAGGCCACUUCUGACAUGGGCAGCUCGGUUAUGUCGGAGAGCUGCGGCGGCGCGGUGCCGCAGCAGCAGCUUUGUGACUACCAAGCCGCCAGCCCCGAUGAGGUCGCGCUUGUCAAGUGGACUGACAUGAUGGGCAUCUCGCUGUACAGACGGGAUCUACAUAACAUAUCAUUGAAAUUGAGGGCUGCAAACGAAAUUAUGCAAUUCACGAUUCUGCAAAUAUUUCCCUUCACUAGUGAGAGCAAGAUGAUGGGCAUAAUUGUACAGGAGGAGAACACGGAACAGAUAACGUACUACGUGAAGGGCGCGGACGUGGCGCUGGCGCCGCUGGUGCGCGGCGGCCGCUGGCUGCCUCGCGAGUGCGGCCGCCUCGCCGCCGACGGACUGCGCACGCUCGUGUUAGCCUACAAGACACUCACCAAGAACGAAUAUUUAGAGUUCGAGAGUGAAUACAAGGAGGCGCGUUUGAGCGUGACGAACCGCAGCGAGCGUACGGCGGCGGCGAUAGCGCGGCUGCAGCGCGGGCUGCUGCUGCUCGGGCUCACGGGCGUCGAGGACCGGCUGGCUGAUGAUGUAACACCCACGCUUGCCAUGCUGCGCACUGCUGGCAUCAAGAUAUGGAUGUUGACCGGUGAUAAGCUGGAGACAGCGGAGUGCAUAGCGCGGUCGCUGCAGCUGGGCGGUGGUGACGGCGUAUGGGUGCCGGCCGCCCGCUGUGCUGCCCGCCGCGAUGCACUACGUUUGCUGCAGAUGUUAAGCGCGCGAGACCCAGACCAAACUAAUCUUAUCAUCGAGGGAGAGACGCUCGAAGUGUGCCUGCGUUCGUACGAGAAGGAGUUCGUGGAGGUGCUGGAACGCUGCAGCGGGGUGGUGGUGGCGCGCUGCUCGCCCACGCAGAAGGCGGCCGUCGCGCGGCUGCUGCGCGCGCGCAACCACGUGGUCGCCGCCGUCGGGGACGGCGGCAACGACGUCGCCAUGAUACAGGAGGCCGACAUGGGCGUGGGCAUAGAGGGCGCGGAAGGUCGCGCGGCGUCCCUGGCGGGUGACGUGAGCGUGCGGCAGUUCCAGUGCCUGGCGCGGCUGCUGCUGGUGCACGGCCGCCGCGCCGCCACGCGUUCCGCCGCGCUCUGCCUGUUCAUCGUGCACCGCGGCCUCAUCGUCUCCACCAUGCAGGCAGUAUUCUCUGUGGUCUUCUAUUUCUCAUCAGUUUCACUGUACCCUGGAUUUUUGAUGGUUGGAUAUGGUACGAUCUACACUAUGCUGCCUGUAUUCUCUUUGGUACUCGAUAAAGAUAUAUCAAGUUUAACAGCGCUGAGGUACCCGCAGUUGUACAAACAACUCACCAAAGGAAGGCAACUCUCGUACAAGACGUUUUAUAUUUGGACCGGCAUAUCUAUAUAUCAAGGCGGCGUAAUAAUGUACGGUGCUCUAGUACUGUUCGAGGACCAGCUGAUACACAUAGUGGAGAUCAGCUACACGGCUCUCAUACUGACGGAGCUGAUCAUGGUGGCGCUCACCAUCGUCACGUGGCACCGGCUCAUGGCCGCCGCCGAGCUGCUCAGCCUGCUCAUGUACACCGCCACGCUGCUCAUAUUCACAUCUUAUUUCGAUGCUGACUUCAUAAGACACUGGGACUUCUGGUGGAAGGUAACCGUCAUUACAUUGGUCUCGUGUCUACCUCUAUAUAUAGUUAAAUACAUGCAUAGAAAAUGGAGCGCCAGGCAGUACAAAAACAUAAGACAUUGAUCCUUAACAUCAACUACAUUAGAUUAAUUUUCAAAUGUGAUUCAAAUUUCGUGACUCGAUGCACAUGCCUUCAUAGCACUAUGAAAAUAUUAAUAUUUGUGUAUUGUUUUUUGUAAGUUAUUGUUAUAUCGUCAUAGUCGUAGAAUACUGACGGAUCUGACGAAUAUUACAUAUGUAUAUAGAUCCGUCAAUAUUCUACGACUGUGACGAUAUUUGUGAAUAAGAUAUGUAUAUGCGACUUGAAAAAUGGUGACUUGAAAAUGAAAUAGUAGAUCCUUCAGGCUUUUUCUUGACUGUCGAUCUUUCUAGAUUCUUUUCUGUCUAAAUCAACUGGAGAAAUUAUUUUACUGGGCUAUUGUAUUAUCGCUUUUGUAGGAUCCUAUAAAGUCAUAAAUAUAGGGCUAAAACGAUAAGUGAUCUCAAUCGAUUAUUCCGUAACUAUACAAAUUAUUGUAUAAAUAUUAUAUAAUUAUACAAACGAACAAACAAAUUACUAAAAAAAAAAUAAAAAUGAAUCCUGAUAUAAUCUACAAACUUCUAUGUUUGCCCUAUGAUUGACUGGUUGAAGACAGCAUUAGGUAUCAUGUUAGACAUAUACCUUUACUAUAUACAUGAAAAUCAAAUGAAUAAUACGGUCCUAUAUAUGAUAAUAUAAUUAUCUCUAAUAGUGUCCAUCUUGCUAGACAAGCCCAUCGGUUACUUACUAAUUACUCGAAAACAAUCGGGACCAACGGAUUGUAAAGGUGCGAUUGAAAUAGAAUUGAAAUAACAACAUUCUCAGCAUAUUCGUAAAAUUAAUGUUACGAGCAUAAUAUUUAGUAGAAAAUUAAUAUAAUCUUGUUCUUUACAAUAUAUUAAAGGAAGAUUUUAUUUGAAAAAAAAUUAGAAAUCUGGAAUUCUUGUGUGUAUAAAAUCUGAAGUCUAAAAUUGUUAAUACAAAUACAAUUAUGUACAUUUAUACUGCACUCAUUUUUGGUUCCAAUUUCAGCAAUAAAUAUAUUUAAUAAUUUGUUUAUCAUAACAUAUUAGUAUUACAAUAAUAAUAGUAAUUUAUUUUGUUUAUACAAAUUAUGAAUAAAAUGUACCUUUAGAACUUGUGAACUAUAUUUAAAUCAAAUGAACUCGAUUUCUUGUGAUAAGGCCGGGUAAUUAUGUUGCUUUAUUUUAAAGGGCUCUACUAAAAAUACUGGCAAUACAAGGAUAACAAAAUUAGUGAUUCUUAUCGUAUAUAUUCUGAAAAAAAAAAAGAAAUCAUUCUUGUCUAUUAUAAUAUUAGUUACUUAUUUUUAUAAUACAUUCUACACAUCAUUUUCAACUGAUUUAAAAAAGUUAUAGUAUACUGUAUAAUUAUUUUAAAUUUUUUUAGAAGAGCCCAUUAAUACUAUACCAUUUCUUGUGAUAUUCUUCUUUUGUAUAUUUUGAAAGCUUAUUUAUAAAAAAAAGUGUUAUUUUUUAAAACUUCUAGUACAGGAUAAUAUAUAUUUUUAUUAAAUCAAGUAAUUCUAAUAUUACCUAAUAUUGUCUGAGAAAAUACAGGCGCUAUAUAUAGUCCUAUCAUCAAUGUGUCUCACUAUAGAGCUCAGUGGUAAAAAAAUCCAAUAUUCAAAAUUUUUUGUCACAAAAAUCGUCAAGAUAUCGAUCGAUAUACCGAUAAAUACUUUCAGUAGAGAGUCAUAGAUUUGUUAAUUGAACAACUUGGCUAUUUAGUGUGUUUUCUUGGCAAAUAUCGGUGCCAAAUACCAAUAGAAACCGCCAUUAAUGUAUAUUGGGUUUCGGUAGUAUCAAAUAACACCAGUUAUUCUUUAAUAGUAAUAUAUGAUAGUAGACCUCUGACAAGUUUAUUUUCGGCUAGUUUCAUUUUUAAGCCAAUAUACUGUGUGAUCUCUUUUUGAUAAAUUUUAUGAAGUCUAUGUUGCAUAAUACAUGCACGUGUUUGUAUUUUUUCUCUCUAAUUAGUUAUAACGAAUUGACCCCACACUGACCUAGUUUAUUUAAUUUUUUUUUUGCCAGUCAAUAUCAGGUGUCUUAUGUGCUUUCGAUUUGUCGAUAGAGUAAGAUAAGUCUUUUCUUAUUUCCGAAAUUUGUUCUGGCAUGUUUGCUUAUUAUUCUAUUAUUUUUUUUUUUUUAUUGCACUGAAUUACAUGUUGUUAUGCAGAAAUUAUUCUUGUGAAAUCCCACCUGUGUUGUUAGAUUCUCUGAAAUCUGUUCACUGGGGGGAAUUGAAUUUCACAUGUUCUAUACUCAACAACAAGUUCUAUUGUACAAGUCCUAUUAACGGAAUGACAUUAUAAAUCUUAUUCAGAAUCCCUAACCAUUUUGGGAGUUUCUCUUUUACGUGUAUUUUCAACAGUAUAGGUAAUCUCACAAAGGCGUUGACACAAAGCCUAAAUAAGUUGUACUCAAGAGUUUUUACCUUCUUUAGGUAUAUCAGCCCCAUCGGUACGAUGAAGUACCUAAAGAUUGUACGGUGUAUUGAUUUCUCAAUUAAGACUUUUAUAUAAUAACGCACAUAGCUACGUGAUACAAUUUUUUAAAUUAAAUCUGUAAACUGGCGCCGAUUCUGAAGUGUCAUUUCUCUAAACUUAAAUCUUAACUCAAAUUUUAAUUUACCAAUUUCGCGAUAUUACUGUUUUAUGAACAAGUAUAAACUAAAUUUGUAAUAAUUUUUACUUAAAUCUACUAGAAAAUUAGACUAAUUAGUCUAAUUUUAUCUUAUUUUAAUGAAAAUAGAAUGAAAGAAUGAAAGUUUUGCUGUGUUACCAAAUUUUAAUUUUAAAGAUAAGUUUUGAGAAACGGUGCUUCAGAAUCGACCCCACUGUUCAUGACUGUUUGUAUAAUGUCAUUAAUAAUAUAACGAUGACAGUUGGCACCAAAUUAUAAUGACAGUUGAAAUUAUCUAUAUUACCGAAAAACGUUAUCAUGUACUCUCUUGUUUUCUCUAUUAUUCUCUUUCCUGUGUCAAUUUUAUGUCUUUUAGCUCAUCCUAUCCCUUUGGUCUAUAACAUCUUAGCUUCUUUAUUUUUUAUAAUAACAUCAAACUAUAACUAUCACUAAAACUAAAAUUCUUACCUUUCCUUUUUAACAUCCCGUCUCGUUUCCUGUUCGUUAGUGGCAUAAUGAACAACACUAGCCUUUUGGCAAUAUUAAAAAAAAUAUAUAUAUAAAAAUUAAACGGAAAGUUUUUUAACCCUGACAUUUGCAGAAAAUCACCGUUAUCUCUAUGGUGGAAGCCAUAUAAAAAAAAAAAGAAAUUAUAACAGAAUUUUUUAUAAUUAUUCUCUUAUUUGUCCUAAUCUGUACCUAGUAUUAUUAAUGCCCCCCCCCCCCCUCCCUCUAAAACGAUGUAAAACAUGUGAAAUUAUAAAACAAAACUAACGUGACAAUAAUUUGUUAUUAUAUUUAUAUAUUUUAAUAAACAAGAAAAAAAAAAACACGACUUUAUGAGCGUUACCAAUUAUGUUGUGUGUUACCAAUCUAGUAAUUUUCAAAACCAAAUUUUAAUGUUUCUGAUUUUAAUAAAAUUACAUCGUUAAUUAUACAAUAAGAUGAUUAUUGAACAACCAUUGGAGAUUUGUAUUUUGAUGGUAUAAAUAUUUGGAAAUUUCAAAAACAACAUAAUGAUAUAGAUACAUAAUUUUUGGUAGCAUACAGUUCUGUGAUUAACGUUUUAGUUUGCUUAAUUAUAGUAUUUUUUAAAUAAUCAGUUGCAAAUAGAAAAAAAUAAAUUAUUGGAAAAUUACAAAAAAUAAUAUCAGCAUUGUAAAGCUUCUGAAUAAACAUUUUAGGUCCCAGUUUUUAUUUCUUAUGCAUAAAUAUACUAUUCCCUCCAAUAAGCACAAUUUUUCGUAUUGUAAAGCAAUUAUCUUUAUAUUCACGUUAAAUUCGUAAAACGAUAACGUGUUGUAGAUGGUUAUUUUGUUUGUAUUGCUUAUUUAGAUUAUUAAAAAGAUUAUUUUAGGAUAAAUUAUGAUUUAUUGCAAAUGCAAUCAAUAAAAUAUUACUGUGAUUUGACGAAAUGCUGUAUGGUUAUCUAGUAAAUGUUCCACGAAGGAGUUCCCAACGUUUAAUACUAAUUGAGAUUAGCAAUGAGGUUUUAUAACAAUAAUUUCUUAAUAUAUUUGUUAAAAGUAAUGGCGGCGCCCAGUGAAAGUUAAAAACAGAUUGUAUAAUUUGGCAGCCCUAUUUAUAUUUUAUUGGUUAAGUUGGUGAUAAAAACAUUUGUAUAUAUUUAAAUAGUUAUAUCAAAACACACUUUGCGAAACAAUUAAUAAUAAUAACAUUCAACUGA